ACAAAUAGAAGAAGAGAACAAGGUGAGUCUCGCUUAAACAUUACAGAGUUUGCGGUUCAAACGAACUUCUCGCUUAAUGUUACUUGCAAGAGUAAGCCGAGGCGAAUCUUAGCGGCCUCGGCCCUACCCUGAAUCGGAAGCUGUCCCCACGUUUCGUAUCUCCAGAAAGACCUUUAUAUUCUUGGAGACCCUUUCCAGGAAGACGGAUCUCUAUCAUUUCUAUCAUAUCCUUAUCACAAUGUCUUCGCAAUACCAAUCUGUACAUCUCAAGGCUCGUCCUACCAGUGAGAUCGUCGCUGGUGAAACCUUUGAGGUCAAGUCGAAUGCUGCGCCCAAGGAGUCGGAUCUCAAGGAUGGUCAAGUGAUCUUCAGAUCUCUGUAUCUCAGUCUCGAUCCUGCCAUGAGAGGAUGGUUGAAUGACACACGUUCAUAUGUUCCUCCCGUCCAAAUCGGCGAAAUCAUGCGCGGCGUCGCAAUCGGCACAGUUGAAGCUUCCAAAUCAGACAAGUUCCCCGUCGGCACACUGGCAACUGGAUUUGUUGGAUGGACCGAACUCGCCGUUGUCGAGGAAAAGGCACUCGAGCGCGUUGACCUGCCUUCCAAUGGCCGCACCACUGAUGCUCUUGGCGUUCUCGGUAUGACUGGCUUGACCGCAUACUUUGGUAUCAUUGAAGUUGGCCAAGUCAAGGAGGGAGAUUUCGUCGUUGUUUCCGGUGCUGCUGGCGCUACUGGAAGUGUGGUUGCUCAGAUCGCUAAGCUCAAGGGCGCCAAGGUGUUGGGUCUGGCCGGUAGUGACGACAAAGUUUCAUGGUUGAAGAAUGAUCUCGGUCUGGAUGAGGCUUUGAACUACAAAGAUGCCGACUUCACCAAGAAAUUCAGAGAUGCCACAAAGGGCCUUAUUGACGUCUUCUUCGACAACGUCGGCGGCGAUAUCCUCGACCUCGCCCUCUCCCGCGCAAAACCCUUCUCCCGCUUCGUCUGCUGCGGCGCCAUCAGCGACUACAACAGCGCCUCCCCCCGCGGUCUCAAAAACUACAUGAUGAUCAUUUCCAUGCGCAUCCGCAUGCAAGGUUUCAUCGUUUUCGAUUUCGCCGACAAGUACGCCGUUGCCAGAAAGGAAUUGGCACAAUGGCUUGCGGAGGGUAAGCUCCAGAGAAAGGAGACUGUUAUUGAAGGUGGACUGGGCAAGGCCGAGCAAGGAUUGAGGGAUUUGUACAAGGGUGUUAAUACUGCUAAAUUGCUUGUUGAGGUCAGUAAGGGCAAGGAUGGUAAGGCUAGACUUUAG